CAAACAAACCUUUUUUCAGAUCUCUAUUAUCUAAAUACAAUCGUUAAAAUAUCAAAAUUAGUAACUUUUAAGCAAAACAUUUUCUAGAAAGUAAAGUAAACCACAUUUAUGAAAAAUAUGCCGGUUGAAUUAAAUAGUUUAACUGAAGGAUGGCUCGAAUUAGAAAGUGAUCCUGGACUGUUUACUUUGCUAUUGGAAGAUUUUGGCGUAAAAGGAGUUCAAGUGGAAGAAAUUUAUGACUUACAUAAGCCUUUGGAAAGUCCUGUGUAUGGAUUUAUCUUUUUAUUCAGAUGGAUAGAAGAAAGGCGUUCGCGUCGAAAAUUUGUCGAACAAAUAGAAAGCUUCGUACGUGAUGAGGAGACUAUCAAUAAUAUAUUUUUUGCACAACAGAUGGUCCCGAACAGUUGCGCGACUCAUGCGCUUCUUUCUAUUUUAUUAAACUGUCCUAAUCUUCACUUAGGAGAAACCCUAAGUAGACUAAAGCAUCAUACAUUAGGUAUGAAUCCAGAAAAUAAAGGUUGGGCGAUAGGCAACACUCCUGAGUUAGCUUGUGCACAUAACUCUCAUGCCAUCCCACAAGCAAGGAAAAAGGCUGAUAAAAAUGCUGGGGUAUCCACUGGACGAUUUACAGGUGAGGCUUACCAUUUUGUGAGCUUUGUACCAAUCAAUGGUCAUCUGUUUGAGUUGGAUGGGCUGAAGCCAUAUCCCACAGACCACGGACCCUGGGCGGGUGAUGAGGACUGGACUGAUAAAUUUCGAAGGGUAAUGGCAGAGAGACUUGGUAGAGAUGCUGGUGAGCAGGUGCAUGAUAUCAGAUUCAACUUAAUGGCUGUUGUUCCGGAUAGACGAAUAGCUCUGACACAGAAGUUGCAAUCACUUGAAAUGAACCAGAAAAGGGUAAAGGAAGCUAUUUCAAAGAUAAGCAAACAUUUGCGACAUAUGUUGAGCAAAAACAGAGAGUUGAACGAAGAUACAGCAUCUCAAGUGAGCAGUGAUAGCUUGAUAGAUACAAUACAGAUUACAGAGGAGGCAAUACUAAAUGCCAUUGAAUCAUCACAGGCUCAAACAUUUGACAUUGACUACACACAUCCCAUCACUAUUGAAAUUGGAGCUUCAGAUAGACCACAGCAGGAUAAUAGCUUGGCAUUAGUUGAUCCAGUAGAACAAGGGGACACUGUUAAGUUUGUAACUUUAAACAGAGAGUGUCAGAUCUUGGAUGAUAUUUAUCCAACGUCAACGUCAGCGCUGGUACGAAGUAAUGACAUGGCAGUACUAGUGUAUUGUGAAGGCGCAGCGGCCGAGCAACCUUUCCGGCUCAAGAAGUUGUUGCUGACCCAGCCCGAGCUCGCAUUGCUCAUGGCCAACAUCGUCGCUGAAGUGCAAGCGUGUCAGCAGGCUCUUAAUGAUGAAAAUGACAAGCGAGAUAUGUAUAAGGUGGACGACUGUCGGCGUACGCACAACUACGACGAGUUCAUCUGCACAUUCCUGUCAAUGUUGGCGGAGCGCGGAGCCCUAGCCGAGCUGGUGGCGGCGCAGCUGGAGCGCGGCCGCAGCACCCGUACGCGGCGACGUCGUCCGCGACCUCGCCCCCGAGCUAGGCCUAGACCACGUCCACGGGGACGCAAGUGACAUUUAGUGCAAUGAUAGUGCCAGUUAUAUAAGUGAUGUGUGCAGUGUGAAGACAUUCUGAAUAGUGUCACAACACAAGUGAGUACGCUUUCCGAAUUUUUCUCUGUAAAAUUUUGUCAUAUUUUGUUUGCGUGACAUAUUUCUAUUGCUUAAUCCUUAUUUAUUAUAAUUUGAGUAAUGAAAAUGUUUUAAACUAUGAUAUGUAACGAA